AGACAUUUCUGCACAUGCCUUCAUUUUCAUCAUAACAACUAAACAGUAAAUUUGGAGAGAUAGCACCUGCGAAUUUAUGCCAUCUGUGACCUGCGAAUUUAUGGCUUAUGUCCUAAGUGUAUCCCUAAACCUAACCUGAACCCUAAAUCAAUCUAUCCUAAACCUAACCUGAACCCUAAACUUAUCCUUAACCUGGGUUUUGACCCUAUCAGAACCAGGGAUAAAACAUGCAAAUGACGUCAGUGUGCUAUCUCUACAAAUUAGCCCAACAAAACAUUUAAUUAAGUAUAAAGAAAUUUUACAUUGUAUAUAUAUGCAUAUAUCCUACCUAAAAAAAGUAAAAAAAUAGGAGCUGAAACUUGGCUUAUAAACUAAGUAAUUAGUAGGUAAUGAGUAAUGAGUAAUUAAUUAUUAAUUAAAUAUUGAAUAUAUUAAUUUCCUUCCCCCAAGAAUUAAAAAUGAAUGUUGAACAUGAGAUUGGACUUCUUGUGGAAGAAAUAAAGCGCUUAGGAACAGCAGGUAAAUUUUUAUGUCAAUAUCUUAUCAAUUUUAAGUUAUGAUUAGCAAUGUACCGAAGUGGUAUUUUUUUUAUCUUGUGACACAGUUGUGACCAUAUUGGAAAUUAAUAUUAAACCAAUUUGUACAAACUAAUUUUGUUGGAGUGGAAUUCUGGUGGACAUAAAUCAAUUAAAUUUGACAUUUUUUUUAUUGAUCUGAUGCAUAUAAAUAAAAUGUUGCAAUGAUAGCAAAACUUUUCAAAGUAUGCCCAAAAUUUCUAUAACUUCAAAGUAGUUUAAUUUUUAUUUUUACUAAAGUCACCAGUAAUUGAAUUAUAUUAUGAUGUUAUAAAGAAAAUUACAUUUGAACAAAUCACUGUUUUAACAUACUUCCAUUCAAACAUAUCUUAUGUCUGCUAGAAUAAACUUCCUUCUUACAAAUUAGUGCAAAUUUUCUAGUAACCAGUUGUGACAUAAUUAGCUGUCAUAAGUUAGAAUUUUAAAAAACACAAAUGUAUCUUUUUAAAUAUGGAAACUAAGAUAAUUCAUAAAUUAUUUUUGUAAUUUGUUUGCACUUCUGUGUACCGGAUUAAGCUUUAAUUUUGUGUCUGCCAUUUAUCAAAUUUUUUACAGAUUGUUAUGUCAAACUGCUUAUUCAUAUUUUGUUCUUAAAAUGCAAAACUAUCACCAUUUUUCACAUGGACCAUGUUUUUCAAGUACCUUUAAUUUAAUAGAAACAAAGCAAUAAAUUAAUUAAUUUUUUCCCCAUUUCUAGGUGCAGGGGGAAAGACUGAAGUGACCUUUGGAACAUUGUUCAAUGAUGAUCGAUGUGCUAAUAUAUUUGAAGCUUUAGUGGGAACGUUGCGAGCUGCUAAAAGAAAGAAGAUCAUUAGUUAUGAUGGUGAACUUUUACUUCAAGGUGUUCAUGACAAAGUCAUCAUAUCUUUACUUUGAUGCAAAAAAAUUAAUACAUUGUACAAUAGUCUUCUAUUAACCUAUUUAUCUUGUUUUAAAGACUUUGCAUGCUGUUUUUAAUAUGUAUACUCUUAAAAUAAAAAAAAUUAAAUAUAUUACAUACUUUAAUUAAUGAAAGGUUUGUUUUUAAUCAAUCUUCAGCUUGACUUCUCAUACAUUUUUCUGCUUUUCUUUCUGUAUUUUCUGGAAGUUCUAACUUUGCCGUUGCCUGGUACUAUUUGAUGACCCAGCAAUUUCUGAAAAAAGCAAACUAAUCUGGCUCUGGUCAGUGUCCAAAAUUUUUAUUGCACAAGGGGGUGGAAUUUUUUUUUAAUGUGGUGAAGGAUUCCCUCCUCUCAAUGAAUAUUUUAGCUGGGUAAAUUUGAACCUGCAACUGCUACUCUCUGCUAAAAUCAGACAGAUUACAAUUGCGCAGGAAAUGUUGUUCCAGGUGUAAGUUAAGCUAAUAUUAAUCAUUAAGAUUUAAACAAGUUUUUCUCAAUGGAGUGCAUUUCCAUGAUGCUAAACAGUGAAAUGGGGGAGGGAGUGGGUAUGAAUUAGUUAACUCAUCUGGAGAUUUAGGCAAAUGCUAAAUUUAGUGCCACUGGUAAUAAACAUACAGAUAGUGCUAAGUCACAACUUGAUUUUGAAACUGAUCUGAAGGUUUAGUUGGUAAGUUAUAGAUAAACUGAAAGCAAAUGUUCAAAUUCAACGAAGAACAAAAGAAAAGAUGGGUAGAGUAGAAUAUUUCAAACAACUACUAAACAGGCCAGCAGCAAAAGAACCACCUGGAAUUCUCCCUGCAAAGAAGAUCUCACUGACUGCAAUUGCAAUGGACCCUACAAAGCAGAAAUUAAAAAUGCAAUCAAGCUAUUGAAAAAAGGAAGGCUGCUGGCCCUGAUGAAAUACCUGCAGAAGUACUAAAGAUGGACCUGGAGAAUUAUUUACUGCUAAAUUACCUACAAAUAUGAUUGUGAGCAGGGAAUACUAGCAGAAAAUGAUAAAGUUUAUAAUUAUAAUAAACAAGAAUCAGAAAAAUUAAUUACCUUAAUAUGACAGUGAUGUUCUUAUGAGCAAUGGUGAAAUUCUCUAGCACCAUUGGUAUGUGUAACUAGUUUCGUACAGGUAACCUAAAUUGCUUUAAAAAAAAAAAAAAGAUUUUCAACCUUUUUCCAGGUGACACAGCAAUAAUGAUUUGAUGACUAAAACAGAUUUUCGUUGGAAGCAACAACAAAAAUGUGGGGAGCGGGGUCCAGGAUGGAAAUCGGAUCAAAGAAAAAUAUAUAUUUUUUUUAAAACCAACUUCUAUUUGUAUUAUGGAAGUACCGGUACUUAGUAGUGGUAGUGGUAGAAAACAAUGAAUAAUUGACACCAUCAGAGUUCCCCCCUGCUGCUUCCCUUCCCCUGCCUCCGAAUUCAACUCAGAAUGAUACUGUCGGUUCGCGCAACAUAAAAUAUUAAUCUCCAGUUAAUUAGAAAAUAUAUUUAAUAAAUCUGAAACCUGUCCCUAGUGGCAGAGCAGUUUCAAAACUUGUCCAUUCUCCGCCAAACCUAAAAGUUUGGGAAACGCUGUAUUGGUACUAGACUAUAUUGGUGACACCUGAGACUGAAAGGACACAAUUGGUAACUAACUUAUGACUGUCUACAUCAGGGGUCCCCACACCCUCAGGUGGUCCGGGAAGACCCAGAAAAUCAGGAUAUGCAUUUUUAUUUUAAAAAUGUGUUUAGUUUCUUUCUUUCUUUGUUUGUUGUUUUUUUUUUCUAGGGGUUGGCGGUGUAUUUGGGAAAUAAAAUUUGAAAUCAAUAUGGGGUUGGGGGAGAAUGUCGUAAAAUCAAGAUUCGGUGCGGGGAUGACAAAAAUGCUAUAAACCCCUGCCCACAUCGACACCAACUGCAAACUUUAUAAGAUUCUCCGAUGCCAUAGUCUGAAAUUUUCUGGAAACUGUUCUGCAGGUUAUUAUCAGUGAUCAGAUCACUUAAAGGAGACCAUUGCAAAUCGUGUUCCCCUCAGUUGUCUCUGGAGAGCACCUCGCAAAGUUGAGCUUGGAUUGAACUCAAUGUUGCACCCUCACACAACUCCUCUAUUGGUUUAACCACGCAAAGGAAGUGACCCCUAGAUUUGAGGACCUCGGAAUCAGUGUUUCUUUCCGUCAAUGUCCUCGCGGGAGUUUGGGGGGAAAAAAAAAGGGGGGGGGGGGUCGUUUUCAGACUUUUGGAUGGGCGGUGCCAGUGGAUAGAAGCAGAGCCGUUCUUUGGAGUUUGGGGGCCCUAAGCAUGGAGCGUAGGUUUGGGGCCCCAGAAGUGAGGUCCGGGUCUGGAACUCCCUCGAGAUGAGGAGAAAACACCACCCACCACUCCGGCACCUCCAUUCUGCCGAUUUCCUGUCUGCCACCCUCAAAGUUCCCCCCUGCUGCUUCCCUUCCCCUGCCUCCGAAUUCAACUCAGAAUGAUAAAUUUCAGGAUGAGGAAGGUAACGUGAGUGACACAGACGGCUGCAGUGCCAGUUUAAAAACAACCGGGGGAUCGAGGGCGCCUCACGGGGCCCCCCUCACGUUCGAGGCCCUACGCGGAUGCAUAGUCAGUGUAUGCCUAAGACCUAAGAACGGGCCUGAUAGAAGUGUAGCUAAGGCGGGCAUACACGGUGCCGAAAUACGGUUUUUUAUGGUACCGGUUUUAUAUUGGGGGGGGGGGGGGGGGGGGAUAUGGUGUUCCAUCCAGGUGUCAUUUUUUUCUUUAGAUGGAGGGCAUUUUCGGACAACUGCAAAUUUUGUGUCGUAAAAAGGAGCGUGACAAAAAUCAUAGCCCGCCCAGGGUGGCACAAGGUAUCGUAUAUAUCGGCAAUAGGCGAUAAGGGCCAUUUAAAUCAUCCUUUUAUCGGGAGGGGGGUUAGGGCAGAAAUCAAGGGCGGGAUUGGCUUUCCCCUAAAUUAAAUUAGUGAUUAUGUCAAAAUCAAGCGAUACAUUAUGGAGUAUAUCUGAUUUCUUUGAUCGGAGAAAUGAAUUUUUCAAGAUCGGGAGAAGCAUUAUGGCGCCCCGUGCCAUACAUAAACAAAAACUCACUUCGGUUGUGGCGCGCCCCAGGGUUAUUAUUUGACACAUUGAUUGACGUCCGGGAAGGGGUUAACAGAAAUUAAGAGUACCGAAGACUCUCGGGCAAAAUCGGAGGCAGGGGUCCCCUUACAUUUUUGAAAAUAAUUUAAAAUGAACAGAUACAUGGGGGUGAAUACUUGAAUUCAGUUUUUCUUUCAGACAAUUAGGGAGGGGGCAUUCCAGACUUUAGUUUGGGAAGCGCCAAAAAUAGCCAUAAUAAAGAUGAGGGUCAUAUUUAACUCUUCCCCAGGCCAACAUGAUCUAAAUUCAUUCCUUUUGUUGGGCACUUGAAGGAAUGCUUUGUGCCGAUAGAUAGACUGUUUAGCGUAGUUUCGCCCCUUUAAUCUUUAUGCCCACGGAAAAUUUUGAUACAUUCAAAACGCAAGAAUGCAUUUGAGCAAAUUCCCAUUUUGCAUCAUUCUACACUUAAUCGGAGAGCAAUAGGAUAGAUGAUAUUUAAAAAUGUAGGUGUCACCUAAUCUCAGAGCCAUCAUGUGUGCCUGCUUUCCCCUAGAUAUGCAGGGUGCCUACGAUAUUUUAGGGGCUAAAAUUGUGCUGCAGACACUUUAAAAAAAAAAAAUCAACUUUGAAUGCAAUAUUAUGGAAGGACAAAAGCGAAAAGUGGCAGGGGGCCACAAAAAGUCAAACGACGGCUCUGCUUGGCCAGGCUGUGCUAUACACAUUUUUUUUUACCAGAGUUAAAAAUCCUGUUUUGUAGGAAACUAUUGAAAAGGGGGGGGGGGGGGGGUUAACUAAUUAAUGCAUUAUUUAAAUUUCUUUUUUUUUUUAAAUCCUUCCAAAAUUUUUUUCCUUUCCCCUUAAAAAAAAUAAAAAAAUCACACCUAACCCCAGUUUACCCUUUGAACAAAAAUGAAAAAAAAACAAAAAAACAAAAUAAAAAAGCUUGUGUUGGGGAAAUUAUUGAAAAGGGGGGGGGGGGGUGGUUAACUAAUUAAUGCAUUAUUUAAAUUUCUUUUUUUUUUUAAAUCCUUCCAAAAUUUUUUUCCUUUCCCCGUAAAAAAAAUAAAAUAAUCACAGCUAACACCAGUUUACACGUUGAACGAAAAUGUAGAAAAAACAAACAAACAAAAACUACGCAUAUUUCUAAAAUGUCCAAGUUUUAACAGCGUCAAAAAUCCUAUUAUGCAGAAAGCAUGAUGCAUUUUUAUGGAUUUAAAAACUAUUCAUUUUGAGUAUUUAGGCGUCAUAAUUAUGUUAAAAGACAUGAGAUGUUUACAAAGGAAAUUAUAUAUUUAUUAAUGUGUGAUUUUAUCGUAUAAAAAUAAAAUACAAAUUUCCCUAAUAUUAAGUUGAUUGAAAUAUUUAUUUGAAAUUUCAAACUAUGCUAUAACUUUUUCAGAUAAAUUAUAAAUUGCCUCUUCGAUAUACUUUAAAGGGGUUGUUGUCUUCCUUACCAAAUCCAUGCAGUUUGAGCAUUGCCAAACGCGUAGUUACUUUCAUAUAGUUAAACCCGCAAAGAGACCCCCCCCCCCCCCCCCCCCCACACAAGCCACAACAGUUCCCAUGCGUGCAAGAGUGCCCAAUACUGAUUUCCAUUUAUUAUGUGUCCCAAGAAGUCUCACUUUAUUGAGAUAGUAUCAUGACAUGCGAAGGCGGCCAGCAGACGAAGCACUGCGCUCUAUUUCUAGCCAGGGCUGUAAUCAUAAGAGUGAUUAGCUUUGAAGAAGGCCUGCGCGUAUCAAGAUGCCCAGAAAAUACCGAAAACAUGUGACGGAGUUUAGAUAACUUUCAGCAAGAGUAGGCAGCCUACGGCACCUAUCACGCUCAGCGAUUUUGAGUGACACGCGGAAGACCAUAAAAUAUCAAUAAAUGACAAAAAAAUGCGUUUUAAAAGGUGGAAAUGUAUAUUGUUGGCACGCUGGAUGACUUAGAAAUAGUCAAUUUGGCACAAUAUCACCAAAAGGCUGCCGACCCCCUGAAAUUAAUGGAGAUUUUGACUGGAAAUCGAGGCAAGGAUCAGCAAGGCAAAUUAGGAAUUCGAUAUGUUGACAUCCACAAAGGGGGGGGGGGGGGUUGAACGAUCUAAGAAUCCGCGUCAAAUAUUAAAUGUUUAAACUUAAUGCCAUUUUUUCCUCUAUGGUAAGGCAAAUUAGGAAUUCGAUAUGUUGACAUCCACAAAGGGGGGGGGGGUUGAACGAUCUAAGCAUCCGCGUCAAAUAUUAAAUGUUUAAACUUAAUGCCAUGUUCUCCUCUAUGGAUGAAGCGUGGUUUUCAAAUAAACUUUAUUAUUAUUAUGUAAGACCACUAGCAUAAUAUCAUAUAGUAAGUUGGAAGUUUGCCAGGGCCAAAAUGCAUAAGAUGGAAUGAUCCCUAUAACUUGCGUGCCAUUGACCAUCUCAAAUGUAUAACCGAGACGUUGGUCGAGAGAUGCACCCAUUGAAGAAACGGUACAAACAUGUCGCUAGAGACACUUUUGUUCAAGUUUCUAGAAUGCAAUUGCAACUAUGUUCCUUUACCCCCAGGACAUCACAAAGACGUACAGCCCAUGGAAAACGAAACUAAAGAAGUCCCAAAGAAACCUGUCAUUGAAGAAAAAAAAAGAAGAAAAAAAGAUCUUUAGAAUAGAAGCUCAAUCCUUGAGACGCUCCCCUUUAUGGAAGCAGCCGAUAGAGAGAAGUGGCGCUCCUUGUCCGUUGACCCAAUCUCUGAUCCAAGCACGAGGACUAAAUGUGUGAGUGAAAGUAAAAAUACACAAUCAUACAGUCAUCGUAACGAAGAGGAAGAAGCGUGUAAGUGUUCGUGUAAAGCAGGGGUCUCCAAACUCUUCAGCCCGAGGGCCGCAUUAACUAUCGAACAGCAGUUCGGGGGCCGACCACACACUCGAGGUCCAAAUAAAAAUUAAUUAAAAAAAUGGAUGUUGUUAUUAAUCAUUUAUGUAGUAUUAUUGCAUUCAGUUAUUAUUUAAUAGCACAUUGAUACACGACACAUGAAUACCUGUAUAAGUGGGAAUGGUGAAAUUGUUUCCUGGAUGCAGUGAUUAGCAGACAUUUCUGGAUUUAGAUUUGAUGUCCCUAACAUCAACAGUGACCUGACAUGAUCAUCAGACAAAUUAUUUGUUCUCAAAUUGUUCUUCAUUUAUUUCGUUCUUGAAAUGUUUGUCCACACAGGCGUGUUGUUCCAUAUUAUAGUUUGAAAGGUACAUUGAUUCACAUUUUUUUUACCCAUGUCUGCAACACGGCGGGCAAAGCUCCGCCACUAUAUGGCGUUAUGUUAUCUCAUUGACUGUGAAC